AUGCCGAAACCAGCCCGUCGUGUUAUAGGCAAACCAGCAGCCUUGACAUUCAAUAAUCUUCACGGAAAAGGAAUCAUUCUCUCGAAUAACAAUCGGCAAGCAACCCGAACAUCAGGUUUCGGUGAUGCAAUUGUCUUUAGUUCUCGAACCAUACGUACCUACGAAAAAGUGUUUUUGAAACAUCGACAAAAACAAGUCGACUGGAUCGGUAGCCUUCGAGUUGGAUUCUGUAUGCAUGAACCUCAAACACAAUUCACACAGGAUACUUUACCCAGCUUAGCAUUCAAACAUUUAACAGACAAAGCGGGAUAUUGGCUACGUGCAUGCUCGGAUGAGCUUCUUCGAACGUCGCCGAUUAUUUAUGUAUAUUAUUCAUUUGAUGGUCAAAUCUACGUUGGGGGUUAUGGUCAAACAACACCCGCUCAAGCGGUGCUAACUAUCAAUGAACAUUCAGGUCCAUAUUAUCUGUUCUGUGAAGUUUAUGGUAAAACGGAUCAAAUUGAAAUUGUCGAUGAAUCCACAUUGCCGGAUCAAAGUUUAGUUAAUGAAGGAGUUUCUCUUUCGAUUCAUGGUAAUGUUAUGGAUUCAGUGAAUGCUAAGCUAGCAAACAAUACGAAUCUGUCUCAUCUGCAAUAUUUCAAUUAUUUAUUUCCGUCAAAUCCGCCUCACACAGCGACGUUUCUCUCGACUACUAAACACAAUGUUGUAUUUGACACUAAACAUCGAAUCGCAUAUGUGAAUAAUCUUCGUAUGAAAUCAAGCUAUACUUUUCUCGAUAGUUCAAUGAAAGUCGGUGAUGUUCUCAUCUGUAAAGUCAUGGAUUGUGAUGCUAAUAUCUCCUCGAUACUUCUAUUUGGUCUAACAACACAAAAUCCAUCGACAUUGCAAAAUCAAAGUUUACCCGAAGAGACCAACACACUUGUAGAUCUAUAUUCCUCAUCACGAUGGUUCAUUGACCAUGAUAUCGAAGCAAACAUAUCCUUAUACGACGAAUUAGCAUUCUGGUUUGAAUCGGAUGGUCAUAUCUAUCUUUCGAUUGAUAAUCGUCCACCAAUAACACUCAAAGUUCCCAUUAUACCAUCAAACAUGCUCAACAUGACAUUCUAUCCAUUCUUCGAUCUCUACGGCCAAAUAACUUCACUCUACUUAUACAAUUUCAGUACACUGAGUAAACUGAACUUCGGUAGACAAUCGACUGCUCGAACAUUAUGUGUGAUUUGUUGCGAAAAUCUAGCCGAUACACAAUUGUUACCUUGUCAAUGUAUAUUAUGUAGUCAAUGCGCAUCUGUUAUUAAACGUCCAAGUUUACUAUCGGAUUGUCCAUUUGACCGAAAACACAUUACACAAAUCCAACCGUUGUUGUAA